CGAGAUCAAUCAAAAAACGUACACAAUUAUGUACAAGUCUCAGGAAACUAAAGCGAGUGUAUAUGUGUUUUUAAAAGGGGGCGUUGAAAAUGAUUUAAAUGCGACCAUUUCAAAGCGCUCUUCUCGCUAUCCCCCUCCUCCUAUCACCUUCCCCCCCACCCCCAUUUUCUCUCUCCUCUUUCUCUCUCCUCUCCUCUCCUCUCCUCCCAUGGCGAUAGUAGCUUCCAUUGUCGUUGCCAUCAUCGUCUUUAUCAUGUUUCUUCUCGUCCUUCUUCUCGUCUUCCUAGCCUGUAAACCAUGGCGAUUCUUCUCCCGCUCUUUCCGUCGACAACAACAACAACCUCUCUCUAUCAAGGUUGAUGAAGAGAGGCCUUUGGUGCAAGAAGAUUCUGAUCAGCUCUUGAGCCAAAGAAAUGAACCAUUAAAAUUUCACACUUCAGAGUGUUCACAUUUGCAAACUGAAGGGCUUUUUAAUUUACCUGGAUCACAUAGCCUUACUUACAAACAGAGGCUUCCCCCUCCUGCACCUCACUCGACACUAGGUGGUAGUUUAGUGUUGGACAUAGGUAAUCAGGCAGAAGAUCUUUUGGUUGGUCAAACAUUGAGGCGUCCCUUGUUGACAAACCAUUUUAUUGAAGAGCAAAAAUGCACUACAAAGGACGGGCUAAAUCACGACUCAAGGCUUAGGCCAGAUAAUGUCAAAUUUCAGAGUAUUUCCAAAGACGUUCUUGAUCAAGGAAGCUGCCUCUCCCUUGAAGUUAUCACUGGUCCUGCAUGUGGGCUUCAGUCUUCAGUGUGGUCUACAGAUACGUCUAAACUCCCACUUACUCUUGGAAGGGUCCCACCAAGUGAAGUGGUGCUGAAGGAUUCAGAGGUUUCUGGAAAGCAUGCUAUGAUAAAAUGGAACUCUAAUAAAUUGAAAUGGGAGCUAAUAGACAUGGGUAGUCUUAAUGGAACUCUUCUAAAUACAAAGGCUGUACAUCAUCCUGACUUUGGAAGCAGAACUUGGGGUGAGCCUAAGGAGCUUGUUAGCGGCGAUGUAAUAACUCUUGGCACCACAUCCCAGAUAAGUGUGCAAAUUACACCUUUGGCUCAAUCGGAGGUCCCAGUUGGAGUAGGCAUUGCAUCAGAUCCCAUGUCUACACGCCGUGGAGGAAAACGACUUCCCAUGGAAGAUGUCUGCUAUUACCAAUGGCCACUUCCGGGGGCAGAGCAGUUCGGACUUUUUGGUAUUUGCGAUGGACACGGUGGAGCAGCUGCAGCUGAGUCUGUGAGCAAAAUUCUUCCCGAGACAGUAGCAACCAUUUUGUUGGAUUCGUUAAGAAGGGAGAAGGUUUUCUCUCGGCAAGAUGCGUCAGAUGUGCUUAGGGAAGCAAUUUCCCAGACAGAAGCAUGCUUAAAUCACUAUUAUGAGGGUUGUACUGCAACAGUGCUUCUUGUUUGGGGUGAUGGUUAUGACAGUUUCUUUGCUCAAUGUGCCAAUGUUGGGGAUUCGGCCUGUAUUAUGAAUAUUGAUGGGAGACAGAUUAAGAUGACUGAAGACCAUAGGAUUACUAGCUAUUCUGAGAGGCAGCGUAUCAAUAAGACAGGAAACCCAUUAAAGGAUGGGGAUACACGCCUUUGUGGUCUUAAUCUUGGGAGAAUGCUUGGUGACAAAUUUUUGAAGGAGCAGGAUGCUCGAUUUAGUUCAGAGCCAUAUAUUAGUCAAGUUGUCCCUAUUGGUCAAGCAAGUGAAGCCUCUGUUGUUUUGGCAAGUGACGGCUUGUGGGAUGUGAUCAGUGCAAAGAAGGCAAAUCAGUUUGUUCUUCAGGCAAAGGAAAGAUACUCCAAUGAUAGGAAGGGUUGUGCACAGAAGAUAGCUAAUUUUUUGUUAAACGAGGCUAGAAAACUGCGCACAAAGGAUAACACCUCGGUAGUUUAUGUAGAUUUUGACAGUGCUUUGAGAUCCCUGUGUAAAUAUGAGCCAUGAUAUGUAAUAUUUAAGGAUUUGGUAGAUAAUCAUCUACUCAUCAUCUUCAGAAGAGGUAAUUUGGUAACUGGAUGGUCAUCAUCUGUCACAGUAUUACUUCAAUCUCUGGACACUGGUGGAAGAUCCAUCAGACUACUGAGACUUGAAGUCAGAAUUUCAAGCCCAGAAUAUGUCUAAAAUGCUUGUCAAUAAUAUAUGGCAACUGUUAAUGCUUGGAACGGUUACAUUCCCGUGAUUCAAAUGUAAAUUUCGUGGAAGCUGUUGUUCGCUUCAUCGCAUAAAGCUCAAUGGUGGAAAACUGAUCGAUGACUGGGUGAAUAUGAAGACGGGAAAUUAAUUGCUUAUGAACUGCUUGGUAUUGGUAUACCUUAUAAACUGCUAUAUUAUAUAGCAGAGUUGUUUAGAAAAUCAUGUUCAGUAGAUUACCAUAGGAGAUAAUUCUUCAAUUGUUGACAACUAGGUUGCUGUACCUGUACUGUGCAUAAAUAAGCCUUUGAGCUGGCAUGAUGCAGCAAAAUUGGAUUAACCAAUUCUUAGUUGGAGCAGAAUGUAAAUUUAGUGGAUAAUUUGCAACAUGAUCUCGCGGUCCCAUACACACUCCGCGUUUGAGAAUCAUCUUAUCAGUACUUAAUUUAACCAUAUCAUUUUAUGCAUGUUUUUAUGUAGAGGUACGCUAUUUUGGUA